AUGACUCUCUCCAUCCUGGAGAGGGACGUCAACAGACUCUUCAAGAGACAGAACCCAUGCAAAGCAGACGGGCCAGACUCUGUCUCUCCAUCAAUCCUGAAGCACUGUGCUGAUCAGCUGUCUCCGGUGUUUACUGACAUUUUUAACACCUCACUGGAGACAUGUCACGUACCAGCCUGCUUCAAGACCUCCACCAUCAUCCCUGUCCCCAAAAAAACAAAGAUCGCAGGACUGAACGAUUACAGGCCCGACGCCCUGACCUCUGUGGUGAUGAAGGCAUUUGAGCGCCUCAUGCUGUCCCACCUCAAAGCCAUCACCAACCCUCUCCUGGACCCCCUGCAGUUUGCCUACAGAGCCAACAGGUCUGUAGACGAUGCAGUCAACAUGGCCCUUCCCUUCAUCCUCCAGCACCUGGACUCCUCAGGAACCUACGCCAGGAUCCUGUUUGUGGACUUCAGCUCUGCCUUCAACACUAUCAUCCCGAAUCUGCUACAGGAGAAGCUCUCCCAGCUGAGUGUGCCUGACUCCCCCUGCAGGUGGAUCACAGACUUCCUGUCUGACCGGAGGCAACGCGUGAGGCUGGCUGCACCUCCAGUCACCAGUCCGUCAAACUCCUUUAGUUCGCGGAUGACACCACCCUCAUUGGGCUCAUCUCUGAUGGGGACGAGUCCGCCUACAGGUGGGAGAUUGACCAUCUGGUGACCUGGUGUGACCAGA